AUGCAAAAUUUCUUUGACGAUCUUCAAGAUGAAUGUCCUUGGUAUUAUUUUGACGGUUCUUACAAAGUGCUUCUGGGAUCGUGUCUUUUUGUAUUCGGUGUGUUCGGGGUACUGCUCAACGGUUGGCUUUUUGCCACAUUCAUUCACAGUCACCUACUCAUAUUCAGGAGUCACAUAUUGGUACUUAAUUUAUGCACAGCGUCACUCGGUCGAAAUCUUAUCGGAUUUCCAUUUGCAGGAUCUUCAGCUAUAGCAAAAAGAUUCUAUUACAUGGGCAAAGCAGUUCGUUUGGAAAGAAUAUUUUACAAAGGCGAAAUACAAAGGGAGCAGAAGCGACUAACGCAGAGCCUGCAUACGCUGUGUGUUACUACGUUGGCCUUAUGGAUUCCUGCUGGCAUCUUAGUAGGAUAUCAAUGGUUACCGUUACUUGUGUAUGGCUACAGAACUCACGUGCCACCAGCUUUGGCUGUGAUAGCACCUAUAGCGUCAGAGGCUGCAACCAGUCUACCUGUGCUAUGUUUUAUCGCUGGUGACGAAAGACUUCGUGCUGCACUACUUGGACGCAUGCGAAAACAUUAUGCUCUCCUUCGACCAGAGCGUGCCAAGCGUUACAAUAGAUCCUAG